ACUAUUGCGAGCGGGGAAGGUACUGAAGACAACCUUAUGAACUUCUUCAGGUUCCCAAUCUUAGCGAAGAGUUGUCGAAGCAGUCAUGUGCAGCCAUCGCAGCCAGAGGGAAGAUUAAUGGUACUUUAUAAGGCGAACUGACGACAAGGCGACGCUGAUGACCGAGCGGCGAGGAGGAGGAGAAAGUAAAAGAUAACUUGAUUCCGGCAUUACCGAGCCGCUGUAUCGAUCAUCGAUCACUGAUCAGCGCUAGCCGGCACUGGUUGACACGGCUCAGACUCAGAGCACCAAGGCAACGACAGAACUCAGGGGGUGAGCAAUCCACUCGAGGACCGUGAGAAACUAUUGCCGGUAUAACUUAACUCUGUUCAACGCACCUGCUUGUACUAACGACAAACGCUACACUCAGAUUGGAACCGUCACCGGGAUGCCUACAGACUUGUUGCUCAUCUCCUUCGUAGGUACAGGCAAACAAAGCACCUUCCGUCCCAUCACAUUUCAUGAAGAAGAUCUCGACUUUCACGCAACGGAGCUCCCCACAUUUGUUGACAAUCCGGAACUUUCUCUUGGGACGUUCGUUUCCUCUACGCCUUACACUGGAAAUGGCUUACCCCCGUCCCAUCUCUCGAAGGAUUUCCUUGGUUGGAACUCUCCACAUUAUUGGGAAGAUCCAUUCAGUGAUAGUGCGCUUUUUGCUCACAUAUCACUUGUCCGAGAAGGACACCUUACUAUUCACUUUGCAAUCAAGGUGGUACUUCAUGUCGACGACGAUCCCCGGUCUCGAGGUUUCAAUGUAUACGAAGUUCUUAGGCGCGAAGCAGUCUUUUAUGCACACUGCCUACCUACUGUCCAGGGUGACGCCGUUCCCAGGCAUUACGGAGUCUGGGAGGCUAACACUUCAUGGGCCGGCCACGUUGUUAUCUCUGUGAUGGAGUUUUCGGGGUGGUCAUGGGAUAGGCAGAUUAGAGGGACAAAACAUGACACGCCGGAGACAAGAAUGAAGAUUGCCCGCGCGCUACAAAAGAUUCACGACGCUGGGGCAGAAAAUGGUCAGAUAGAGCCAGGAUACGAGCACCAUUUGCUGUAUGACUGGCGGUCCGGUAAGGCCCGGAUCGUUGAUUUCACGCAUGGCCACACACAUACCUGCGAACGCCAGGUUCCUCUGAAACCAUACAGAGCGCAGUUCCGCUUUGGGCCGCCUUUCUGUGGAGAACUUACUCGCCUCGGUCGUAUAUUAGGAUUUGAUGGACCCCAUACUUUUUUGACAGAGGAUGCCGAGGUGCUUGAUGCCAUAACAUUCCUCAAAAAGUAUCUUGAAGAACAUCCAGCCGUUUCACGACAAGAAGCUCUAGAUGCUCAAGAAAAGUACCUUAAGGAUGAAUGGCGCCUUGUGGGGCCUGAAGUCCGGCGUCUUGAAUCUGGGAGAUGCAUGGAUUACGAAGAUUUCUUUAAAUAAGUAGAAGGAAUGGUAUUUCCUUCAGUAUCCUAUUCAGAUAUCAGAAAAGCCAGACUGUUCCUGGCGUCGUUCGGCCAUGUAUCAUUGGGUAACCGCAUCGCACUAGGAAACUCUCAUCCACUGAAUGAUAUCAUCGCUCAAUGAUGUUCCGUUCAUUUUGCGCGUUUCCUUUCUGCUUUUGCGACCCGCGUAAUACCGACG